AUGAACAACACUCCAAAUGCAAUGCCAAUGCCACAGGCAGAGGCACUACGACCGGCUCCGCGUAAGGCCGGGCAAGAGCAUGUCCUCACCUACCCACCCGGCUUCGUUGCUGUGCGUGCCAUACAGCUCGUAUCUGCCAUCGUAGUGCUUGGUACCGCUGGCUAUAUACUUGGUGAAAAACCCUGGCGUGGUACCCCACCACCAGGCUUUGGCCUGAGCCUCUUCGCGGCCCUAUCGACAAUCAUUUGCGUAGUGUAUUACAUCGUGGCACAAUACGGCUUGCCGGCCGCCUACAAAUACUGGGCAAUUCUCGCGCACGACAUCUUUCUUCUCGUGCUGUGGCUGAUAUCCUACCCACUGGUGGGAGUUGCCAUGGCAGAUCUCGGGAGCCAUAAUCUCUCCAGUUACGACGAGUCAAUCUUUUCCGCUGGCUGCGCUGCAGCAGGGUUCGGUGCCAUUUGUUUCAUCCUCUUCUGUGUGUCCCUCGGCAUCCACGGCGCCGCUCUCCACCGCCACCGUGCCGCAGGAGGCCACUGGAAGACCCCGGCAAGCCCUGCCGCCCCUGUUCAUCAACAAGCAGGCGGAUAUCCUGCCCCGAAUCAAGCAGUGGCGGCUGGAAACUUCCAGAGCAAGCAGCAAGGACAGUUCGCCACGACCAUACAGAUGCAGGAACAGAUGCCCCCAAUGCAUUACCAGCAGAUGCCCGCCAAUAUGCCCACGCAAUACCAGCAGAUACCCCCCGCCAACAUGCACGUGUAG